AUGGAAGACAAAGACGACCCUGUUACUACUUGCACUAGUGAGGCAGCCGCUCCUAAACCGACUGAUCUCCCCUUGACCGACACCAGACCUACUCUGGCCUGCGUCCCUGCUAGAAGAGUUCAUGGCCUUACGCCGCUUCAGUUGGCGAAAAAGCGAGCAAAUGACCGCUUGGCGCAGCAAAUGCUCGCGAGCGCCGACGCGCACUUAUCAAUUCUCUUGAGUUACGCCGAAAACCAUCUCCGACAGUACGACGACGCCGCCUCAAACGCGAACCCAUUUCCCCAUGGUACAUCUGAACACCGACAUGAGGACACCCCUCCUGAGCUGACCAGCUCCAGCAAUUACGAUUGUCGUCAGCAGGGUUACAAAACAAUUUGUUGCCGUCUACUGUCACCCACGUCAGGGCCUUCAAGAAACUUUUCAUCGAGUAUGCCACUACCAAGACCUGGAAUGGCACAUUCCGAGGCCAUGUUUGCUAUGCCACUUAACCAUACUGCUCCGACGUGCGAUUUCGAUAUCAUAGUAUUGGAUUUCAUCAGUAAUCGUCGGGUUGGGGUGGUCAAACACAGUUUCAGGAAGAAGAGAGCAGAUUCUAGCUGUCUACAGAUCUCCUCGCUUCUCAGCCCGGCGAAUGAGAGUAGCAUCCCUUCGAUCGCCAAGGUUUUUGAGAAGAUCCUGGGCUCCAUUCCGGGGGCAAAUCAAAGGCUACCGCUACCGGAACAGGUCGCUAUUUUCCAUGUGAUAUUCCUCCUUCUUCGAUACCAGAUUCAUCCAACUGAAGAAAACUAUAAUCGCAUGCCGAGUUGGCUGAUACCAAGUCAGUCACAGUUGCUGACUCCACAUCCCGCCUGGGUGGACUACCUUCCAUGGCCAUCGAUGCCCAUGCCAACUAUCCUAUCAGAGCGGGAACUUCUUGGGUAA